GCUGUUGAAACACCCCAGUGCAAGAGCUAGCUGGCACCGCAUUGAGCGGCACACAGAAAUGGAGGGGAACGAGCGGGCUACCCAGCAGGUGGCAAGGCUGGGAGACGCUUUGGUUGGCGGAAGCAAGCGCAAUGAAGCCCCAAGGCAAGUGUGGAGGCGGGAUAAUGACAGGGGCUUGAGCGCAAGUUCUGCAACCACAAGCCAGAGUGCUACAAAAGCUGGAAAAGUUAGAAAGGACCAGCCAUGGUGCACCCGCUGCGGCGAGGAAGACCACGUGCGCUCCGAGUGCCCCAACAUCGGGCGCCCCUGCCCCAUCUGCUUCGGAACGCGCCCGGGGCCCUGUCGGGUGGUCAUGACCCGAACGAAGCGCAUCAACCAGUUUGCAAACAAGGGCGAGGCGGACGCCGCGAAAGAGCUGUUCGGGGUCAUCGAGCGGGAUCUGCACAAACCGAACGUGGUCACGUAUACUGCGUUGCUGAAGGGGCUGAUGAACGCGGGGCGGGGGGGGGAGAUCAAGGAGGUUCUGCGGGUGAUGAAGGAAGGUGGGGCGGCGCCGGACAGUUUAACGUACAACACACUUGUGAACGGGUGCGUCGAAGCCGGCCGGAUGGAAGAAGCGAUGGCGAUCGUUGAGGAGAUGCAGGCGGGGGGGUGCGCGCCAACCGCGGCGACGUUCAACACUCUGAUGAAGGGGUUUGCAAAAGCAGGGAAGGGUCAGGAUGCCGUGCAGCUCCUCGUGCGGAUGGUCAAGGAGGCCGGGGUUAAGCCUAACCUAACGACGUUUAACACGCUGAUCAACGCGUGGUGCCGGGAGGGGAGGAUUGAGGAGGCGUGGCGGGCGCUCGAGGCGAUGAAAAGCGUGGGGCUGAAGCCGGAUGCGAUGACGUAUAACACCUUGAUACGGGGGUACGCCGAACUAGAAAGGCUGGACUCGGCGGAAGCGGUGCUUCGGGAGAUGCUCGACGCGUGCGUCGAACCAACAGAGGUCACGUAUGGCACGCUGAUGAACGGCUACUGCAACCAGGGCGACCUGCGGCGCAGCUUGGGGCUGCUGGAGGACAUGCGUGUGCGCAAGAUCGCGCCGAAUGCGAUCAUCUACAACACGCUGCUCAAGGGCUACGCACGCAAGGCCGACAUUGAGGGGCUCAAGCGGGUGCUCCUGGACAUGGUCGUAUCUGGCCUGCAGCCCGACCUGCUGUCAUACUCCAUCGCAAUGAACGCCAUGUGUGACGCGGGGGACGUCGACGGGGCGCGUCAGAUCCUGGCCAGCAUGCUCGCCUCCGGGGUCGCGCCCGACAUGCGCGUCUACAGCACCCUAGCAAAAGGUUACAUGCGCUCCCGGCAACCCGAGAAGGCGGAGGCGACCCUAGACGAGAUGCUCUCUCGGGGUCUGCAACCGAACGUCAUUUUUUUCGCCACCAUAGUGACCGGUUGGUGCAUCACCGGGCAGAUGGACCGGGCCCUGAAAGUGCUCGACAAAAUGCGCGAGACGGGCGUAAAACCGUCGCCCGACAUUUUCGCGAUCCUGAUACGGGGGUACAUCCAGGCGGAGCUGCCGAAGGAGGCGCAGAAAGUGCUGGACGUAAUGGAGCGGGAAGGGUUAGAGGUGGAUAACAACUGCUACGAGCUGCUAACCAGUGGGUUGAUCCGGUUGGGUUACCCACACGACGCGCGGAAGGUGGCCGAGCGGGCGCGACGGAGGUACGGCCCGGGGGGCAGCGAGAACGGGGCGGGGCCUGCGCGAGCGCCCGUGAGCACUAGUCGAAACGUCAGCCGCGCAUCGGCUGCGAACGUGGUCACACCCUCAGUAUUAGCCCUUGGGGGGCGUCGAUCUGGUAGUCUUCCACUAUUCCUGGGCUGCCCGAAAACGAGUGCAGCCCGCACGCGUGUUGGUCCCCAAGUCCCGAGCACAUUCGCUCGGUUAGAUGUAAAAAGGCUCUGUAGAAAUCAAGCGGCCCAGAGGUGCCCUGUACGAGUGUUCAGCUUAGACAGGCCAGUUGGCGUACCUAGUCGUCUACCAUCGUCGCAAGGUUUAGCCAGAACGCGGCCAAUGGUUGCAAGGACAUUCGCCUUCGGGUGAGCGUUGACGAAACUGGCCAUCCUCUGGUGUACUCUAGUCGGAAGCUUGUCGUAGAUUCGUUGGAAGCAUGGUGCCAUCCGCAUUUGUGUUGGUCACAACCUGCCUAAUUCUUGGUGACAAGAAAUCUCCAGAGCGGCAGCCAGAGAGGUUCCUUGUCAACACCCGCGGUGAUCAAAGAUGACCCGAUCUGAUUGGACUAAAGGUCAGUG